AUGGCAGAUAUACCUCAGUUCCGCAAUCUCUCCCUGGAGAGACAUGGGAAUGUAUUCGUUCUCACCAUGCAGAAAUCACCCGAGAACCGACUGAACUCGUGGUAUUGCCAGGAAAUGAUCCGAGCCUAUCGUACAGUCGAGAAACUUCUUGGUCCAGAUUCGGAGGGUGCAGUCAUUACAAGAGGUAAUGAUGCUAAAUUUUGGUGCACUGGACUGGAGCUAGAUGAAGCCGAUAAGAAUCCAUUUGCGAACACAGACGGAUUUUAUCCCCUGAUCCAUACGAUCCUCGACUUCCCCUUUCCAACAAUUGCUUUGUUAACGGGUCAUACAUUCGGUGGUGCUUGUCCUCUGGCCUUAGCACAUGAUUACCGAAUCAUGAACUCACGGAGAGGCUUUUUCUCAAUGCCCCCUGUCAACUUGGGUUUGCAUUUUGAAGGAAUUGGAUCCCUUCCAAGACUAAAGUUGCGGCCUCAGGUUGCGCGCAAGAUGCUCUUGGAAGCACACAGGUGGACAGCACAAGAAGCACUACAGGAUGGCAUUGUGGAUGCUGUUGCCGAGCCAGACCGUAUGCUGGACGAAGCACUGGAGAUUGCAGCCAAGUGGGCGCCCAAGGCGAAGAUGGGGGUAUAUGCUUUGCUACGGCAGGAGCUCUGGGGCGAGGCAAUUAAGAAGUUUCAGCGGAUUAGCUAUGUGCACAGUCGAAUGACCUCAGCUCCUGCCAAAGUCAAGAUUUGA